GUGGCCCGCGGGGCAGCCGGCGAGGUCCCGGAGCACGGUCAGGUCUGCUAGCGAGCAGCGCGGUUCGGGUGUCAGCUGCAAGCGGAGGUGGCCGCGCCCACACAGCCGCUUCCCCGCCACCGAUGUCUCUUAGUUGCCACUUUGCAAGGCGCAGUGGAGGUGAAGAUGCUGAUGAACAUAAGGUCUGGUGCUUGAAAGAAUUGGUGAAGCUCUUCAAGGAGAUGAGAAUUGAACUCAGGACCUUGUGUUUGCCAGGCAGGCGCUUAUGCCCCUGAGCCAUAUCCCCAGCUCUCUAGAUUUUGUUCUUUUGGCACCAUGAAUUGCUUCCAAGAAAUCAGGAAAGGGUUGACUGCAGAGGCAAGAGGAGCUUUUUCUUUUUGUUAAAUUGUUUUCUUUUCUGUUUGCUUAAAUAUUGUUCCACAAUUGUUCUACUUGACUAUAGUGGUGGUUACAUGGUUAUGUAUUUGUCAAGUCUCACACUUGGUGGAUUUUGCAGAAUGUAAAUUGAUACUUCAAUAAACACGGCUUUCCAAGCAUC